AUGCAGCUCCGGGGUCAGGCUUCCCUGUUGGCGGCAACCGCCCAGGCCGCAGAAGUUUCCGAACUCAAUCGGAAGCUUAAGGUGGCUGAUGAAGAAAUCGACCGCAUUAACAAGCGGUUCGAUGAGACGCAAGUUGGCGCAGCCGAGGUCGAGACCCUCAGAGGCGCCCUUGCCCAGGCCAAAAAGCAGGCAGAGGCAAAUAAGGCAGCCGCUGACAAGGCGCCUGCCGAACUGAAGACCGAGCAGGCUGCCCGCCGCCAACACGAAGCUCGGGUAGCCGAGGUUGAGCUGGAGCUGAAAUAUGCCAUCGGCAAGUGCGAGGCCUUGGAGGAGAAGGCGUUGGCCCAGUCGACCGAACUCACCAAGGCUCUCAAUGAAGCCAAGGCGGCACGGGUCGAGUCUCGAAGUGCUCGCGAGGAGAACCAUCAAGUGAAGCAAAUAGCGGUUGGUAAGGCCUUUCUUUUGCAGAGUAUUUUUGGAGGUCAUAGGUAUGAUUUUCUCACAUGA